AUGGGAGAGAGACCCACCACCUACAGACCCACCACCUACAGACCCACCACCUAUAGACCCACCACCUACAGACCCACCACCUACAGACCCACCUACAGACCCACCACCUACAGACCCACCACCUACAGACCCACCUACAGACCCACCACCUACAGACCCACCACCUACAGACCCACCACCUACAGACCCACCACAUACAGACACACCUACAGACCCACCUACAGACCCACCACCUACAGACCCACCACCUACAGACCCACCUACAGACCCACCACCUACAGACCCACCUACAGACCCACCACCUACAGACCCACCACCUACAGACCCACCACCUACAGACCCACCUACAGACCCACCACCUACAGAUCCACCUACAGACCCACCACCUACAGACCCACCACCUACAGACCCACCUACAGACCCACCUACAGACCCACCACCUACAGACCCACCUACAGACCCACCACCUACAGACCCACCUACAGACCCACCUACAGACCCACCACCUACAGACCCACCUACAGACCCACCACCUACAGACCCACCUACAGACCCACCACCUACAGACCCACCUACAGACCAACCCCCCUCCUCUCCUUAUUGUAA